AUGGAUUCCCUCCCCAUUCUCCCCGAUCUCUCCAACGCGAUCAACCAAGAGAAUCAAGGGAGCCAAAGCAUGGAGAGCAAUCAUCAAACAAUGCCCCCGCCGCCACCCGCGCGGCCGGGAAGCAGCCGCCCGCGAUCCAAGUCGAUGCACCACCUAAAACAAAAGUCCAAGAGCAACACGAGGAGUGAGACACAAAAUCGCAGCGGGCGCAGUUUACUCUCGAGACAAGACUCAGCUUCGGCAAGUCAUACCAGUGGCCGAGAUACCGGAAGUCAUGUCUCCGGGAGCCAACAAAAGCCGCGGGCCAAGAGUCUUCCGGGACGCUCAAACCGUAUUGCGGCAAGAGCUACCUUCCUCGAUGACAUCAAACAUGAGGUUAUGGUGAACUAUCUAUACCAACAACAGUGUUCUCGACUCUGGGUCUCGGACGGAAAUGGUGACCUUGAGGGUGUCGUUGUGCGGAAAUCCAGUGAUCAGUACAUGGCGUGUCCUCCAGAACUGUCUACAACCCCCUUCGCGCAAGCCAUGGCUGCUCUAGGCGUCCAAUGCGCGAUGACGGUCAAUUCCCGAAUCAUCAAGUCAUUCUUGGCAUGGUCUCCAGGGGCCAUUGACGUGCCCUUGAUGAACGGCCUCCGUAUCCAGAUCCUACCUUGUGUGCAAGACUUGGCCAGAGCACGGAAGCAACAAUGUGCGGCCUUCAUUGCAGCGGAGGGUCUCCUCAUUGUGUGGGACGACGACACGAUGCACCUUAUCGAACGAGCAGCAGGCAUUGAGACCGAACUCAUGCAACUCGUUUGGAAGACCACCGCCCCCGAAGAGGGAGUCACAGGUGACAAUGUCUUUGGAACAGAAGAAGAAAAGCACGAGAUAGACGCAGAAACGGGAGAAAUCAAGCCCCAGAAAAGACAGAAGCACAAACAGAAUUCCGUGCUCGUCAGCCUUACGCUUUGUCUGAUCACUGCCUCUCUCGGGGCUGCCCUCCGGCAACUGGUCAUCGAGUCGGCCUUGGAUCUGGCUUGGCUUCGCAUAGCGUUGAUCAGCCUGUUCCCGAUGUCAAUCUUCUUCACCCUCUUUUUCUGUCAGGUCAUUUGGGGCUCUGGAGCUCAGAUGAUCGGCCCUGUCCGGCAGAUGAAAGCUAACUCGAAGUUCUUUUCUGCAAUCAAGCCCCCUCGCCUGCAGAACACCAUCCUGCCCCAUGUCACGAUCCAGUGUCCAAUCUACAAAGAAGGUCUUAAUGCUGUCAUCAUGCCCACCGUCAGGUCCGUCAAGGCCGCCAUGACAACUUACGAGCUUCAAGGCGGCUCUGCGAAUCUUUUCGUCAACGACGACGGUCUGCAGCUUCUUGAUGAGCAGGAGCGCCAGGCCCGCAUCCAGUUUUACUCAGAGAACGGCAUCGGUUGGACAGCUCGUCCCCGCCACGGAGACAAUGGCUUUCAGCGCCGCGGAAAAUUCAAGAAGGCAUCCAACAUGAAUUACGCCCUCAUGCUUUCCUGCAGGCUCGAGGAUAAACUGGUUCGCAUCCAGCGCCAUGCCGAAUGGACCCAGAACGACGAGGCGCAGGCUUACUGUGAGGCGCUGGCGGAAUUGAACAAGGAGAUGCAAGGCCGAGCGUGGAUGGACGGUAACAUCCGCGUCGGCGACUACAUUAUGCUCAUUGAUUCUGACACUCGUGUCCCUGAGGACUGCCUUCUCGACUCCGUGUCGGAGAUGGAGUUGUCUCCCGAGGUCGGCAUCCUCCAAUUUUCAUCCGGCGUCAUGCAGGUCGUCAACACAUACUUCGAGAACGGCAUCACGUUUUUCACCAACCUGAUCUACUCGGCCAUCCGUUACACUGUCGCCAACGGUGAUGUCGCACCCUUCGUCGGGCACAACGCCAUCCUUCGCUGGUCUGCACUCCAGACAGUCAGCUACGAAGACGAAGAUGGCUACGAAAAGUUCUGGUCCGAAUCACACGUGUCCGAAGACUUCGAUAUGUCGCUGCGGCUCCAGUGCUCAAGCUAUAUCAUCCGUCUCGCCACCUGGGCGGGAGACGAUUUCAAGGAGGGCGUGUCCCUCACCGUCUAUGACGAGCUCGCGCGCUGGGAAAAGUACGCAUACGGUUGCAACGAGCUCCUGUUCCACCCGAUCCGCAAGUGGGCCAUCACCGGGCCCUUCACGCCGCUGUUCCGCAAAUUCCUGUGCUCCGGCAUUCCGACCACCUCCAAGAUCACCGUCGUCUCGUACAUCGGCACGUACUAUGCCAUCGCCGCCGCCUGGAUCAUGACCAGCACCAACUACUUCCUCUACGGCUGGUUCAGCGACUACCUCGACCGCUACUACGUGGACUCGUGGCAGGUUUGGUUCUCCAUCAUCAUCGUGUUCAACGGGCUGGGCAACAUCGGCCUCGCGGCGAUGAGAUACCGCGGCGACCACAAGAGCUUCUUUGGCUGCCUGUUGGAGAACAUGAAGUGGAUGGUACUGCUGGCCAUCUUCCUGGGCGGCCUCAGCCUACACGUUUCGCAAGCUAUUCUGUCGCACAUGUUCGAGAUCGACAUGACCUGGGGCGCAACUAGCAAGGAGGCAGAGUUCUCGAACUUCUGGAUAGAGGUUCCGAGAGUCAUCAAGAAGUUCCGUUACUCUAUGAUUUUCUCCUUCACCGCAAUCAUUGUCAUGAUCACGCUCGCAGUCGCACCUUUCAUUCCUUAUGGCUGGCACAUUACCGAUUUCGUGGCUAUCUUGCCCAUGGCGACGGUCGCAGUCUCACAUAUGCUCCUGCCAAUCGCCCUAAACCCCGCCCUGAUGACAUUCUCCUGGUAA